UUUCUUGAAAUUGUGUUCUUUUAUGUUUCCAUGAUUGUUUUGAUUUUGUCUUUAUGUCCUCUUUAUUAUCAUGAUAUCUAAUGACAGUUAUAUAUUUUAAGAAAAUCAUUGUAAAAAGGGAUUUUUUGCUGAACCUUGUGUAUACUAUCUGUUAUCAAACAUUUUUAAUUAUAACAACCUACUGCUUUAUCAUUUUAGGUGCAUGAUUCACCUGUCUAGAUUUUGUGUUGACGUGUCUGUAGUGGAAAUAUACUUACAUUCAGGGUUUUGAAUAAGUCAAUCAUUCUACAAUGAAACUAUAAGAAUUACAAGUUCCAUUUUUUUAUCAAUCAUUUGUAUCACCUAUUUUUAUAAUAUAUUUUGCAACAAAUAACCGUUAACGAGGGAUCAAUGACAAGUGGCGUACAGUGCUCCCUGACUACAGCUCAGAUGGUGUUUCUUCUGUACAGUAUACAAAUUUUUGCAAACUGACUUUAUAUUUCUAAUUCGAUCCCCGAUGAAUAUAUCCUUAAGAACACAAUGUACUUGUAUCAAAUUUUUUCUUUGUAAUUUAGAGCUCAGAGUAGUGUUGUGCCUUUGUCUAAUAAUCGUGAAUAUCUAUUCUUUAGGUAAAUAUGUAGAUGCAUGAUGCAUUCCAAUAAGCAAAACUGUAAUUUAGUAAUAUUUUUAUGGCUGUUAUACAAUGAUGCAUGAUGGGAACAGAUUUUCCACAUUGCUAUUUUUGAACAGAUUGUGGAACACGAGGAGCAACUAGAACAGAAAAUGGCUCAUUCCAUUUUAUUUUCUCAAGAAUUCCAUGCAUGUAUUUUGUCCUCCUUUUGCAAGACACGCUAGAUUAUCGUUCUUAUACCUGGUCCCAUUUGGUUUAUUUUUAAGCAACCACAUAGCUAUUGUUAUAUUAUAUUUAGGUAAAAUACAAAAAUAAUGGAAGAAAAUCCGUUAGAGGUCUGUCUGAUCGAUGCUGGAAUAGUAAGCUUGACAAAAUUAAAAUUACCUACAAGGAUUAUACAUUUAAAUGCUCAUUGCAAUAAGAUAAGACAAAUAGAAGGUUUGACCCAUCUAAAUUAUCUAAAACAUCUUGACUUGUCAUCCAAUCAAAUCACUCGAAUUUCUGGUUUAAACAGUAGCAGCGGUUUACAAAGUUUGAAUCUAGCUUGCAAUCAGAUCGCAAAAGUAGAGGGACUGCAGCAGUUAAGAUGUUUAAAGAACUUGAACUUAUCAUUUAAUCGCAUUACUGAUCUAUCUGGUUUGAAAGCGUUCCACAACCAUUCACAUCAGUUGCAAAGAUUAGACAUAUUUGGAAACAAAGUUCGUUCAGUGAAUCAUGUAGUGCAAUGUUUGUCGCAAUGUACAACCUUGAAAACCAUCUACUUCAAGAAAGAAGAGGAUGAAAAUCCUGUGUGUGCACUGCCUGCAUACAGACCAAAUGUUUUAGCACAGAUGCCAUGGCUUGAAAAUUUGGAUGGUUACGAUAAGCAUGGAAAUGUUGUUCAAGAUGAUUUCAAUAGUAGCGACAUUCCUGGCUUGGAUGAGUACCUGGAGUUGUUGGAAGCAUCAUCAACAGCUAAAUCAGAAACACACAAUGUGCAAUCUUCUUCUGAGACUAUUCAAAGUGAAGAAAACAUCAUUACACCGAAAAUAGAUUCUGUUUUACUUAAAUUUAAAAAGAGAAAAGAAGAAGAAGAAGUCUACAAUGACGAAAACAAAGAAAACGAUUCUAGCUAUUCCCAUGGACAGAAACAAACAUUUAAAAAGCUAUUGCAGAAAGAGGAUGAUGCUGUUACUGAAAGACUGGAUUUGCUGGAAGAAAAACUGACUACUUUGGUUAAUUUUUGCACUGAUCAACAGAAAGAAAGUAAUAGUACAAGAGGCAACGUACUGGUAAAUAUUCAUGAUGAAUCUUCAACUGACGAUACUGCUUCUACAACAUCUAAUGAUCUUAGUGAAGUUAUUGAGAAAAAGUCAGAACGUGUAAAACCCAUGCAUUCUCAACUAAAAAAGGUACCAGUAAAGAUAAGAAAUAAAAAUAAUGCAGAGAAAAAAUGCAGCCAAGAGAAAUAUGUUCAGGGUAAGAAGGUCCUGACUGCACAACAACCAAGAAAGAAUACUCGGGCUGUAAGCAGCGUUCAAGAAGAUGAAACAUAUUUAUCUCUCAUGCAUGAAGUUGAUUCUGAGCGAGAAAGAAGAUGGAAAGCUGAACAAGCAUCAAGAAAGUUGUUGGACAACAUCAAAAUUCUGCAAGAGAGAUUGGUUGAGGAGAGAAAAAUUCAAGAAGCUGCUAUUACUACAAGUACAAAACUCAAGCAAACUUUAGACACUGAGAAAACAGACCGAAAAAAGUACGAACAAGAAGCAACACAGUUAAAGACCGAAAACUGUACACUAAAAAAUGAGUUAGAUGAAACUCUUCAGUCAAACAAGGCCCUGGAAAAAGACUUAAAAGAACUUCAGCUACUAUCAAUGAAAUUAGAAAAAGAGAAAGGCGAAGAUGAAAUCCAUCAUAAAAAACGUUACAAAGAACUUCAGAUGGAUAGUGGGGCAUCAAAACGAGAGCUUGAACUUCUGCGAAAUACAGUGGAUAAACAAAAAGGCCAACUUCAACAACUGCAAGAACUAUUGGUUGGACGAGAGCAAGAACACAAGGAGAAACAGGAAGGGAUGGUGAAAAUAGAGAGCAAGGAAGUGAAAGAUAUAAUUGAGAAAGAAGUAACAAAAUGUGAGAGAAGAACUGCUGAAGUUAUUAAUCAACAUGUACAGAGAUUAAACGAGAGAAAUAUCGAAUAUAAGGCAUUAGAAGAUGAGUUUCGAAUGGCAUUGCAGAUCGAAGCAAAUAGAUACAAUGAGCUACACGAAGCUUUCGAGCAAUCUUCAAACGAGCUAACGGAACUGCAAUCGACUUUCGAACAAGUCUCUUUAAAAGAAGCGAAAGCUAAGAACUUGGUAACUGAGUUAAGUUCGUUGGUGAAAGAGCAGAAAGCUCGUAUAACAGAAAUUUCGAAAAGCAAGCAAGAUAUGCAGUUACAAUACAAGGAGAGAUUAUCUCAAGUUGAGAAGGAGUUAUCUUCCAUUCGGCAUAUCGGUUCAAAAGUGGAAAGUCUUCAACAGGACAAAGAGAGAAUGGCAGCACACAUUCGAGGACAAGAGUCUGUCAUUCAUGGCUUAAGAUCAGAACGAAAACUUUGGGGACAGGAGUUAGCUCAACAAGGUGCCUCAUUGGCUCAAGAAAGAGGACGACUAGAUGCCCAAUUAGAAUCGCAAUCAAAAGAGAUUUCCCUGCUUCAAAAUCAAUUAAAGGAUGGAAACGAUUCUUUGAAAAUUAAAUGCAAGCUGAUCGAAGGUCAAACAGAGACCAUCCGGAAAAUGAAGCAGGAAUUUACAAUACUGACUAAUGAGAAUAAAAGAUUGACCGAUGAAGAAAAAAAGGAGAGAGGUUAUUUAGAAGAUGAACUGCAAGAAUUUAAAGAACAGAAUGUUAAGUUGCAGGACAGUGUAGAUGCAUUGACUGAUCGAAAAGAAGAAUUAAAGUCGAACCUUGCUGAAACAGAAGACGAACUUAAAUCUUGUAAAUUGGAUUUAAAAAAAUUACGACAUCAGUGGGACGAAAGAAGUAAAAUUAUUGACCAGUUUGAAAUCAAAGUUAUUCAAAUGAAGAAAAGCUUUGAAGAAAAAGAAAAAAGUUGGAUUGAACAAAAAGACGAAUCUGCGAAACUGGCGAGCGAUUUAAAGGAAAAGUUAAGAACACUUGAAGAGAAACAUCAGCUGGAGAUGGAAACUGCAAAACAUGACUUUGGUUUAAAGUUAAGAAAAGUUAUUGCUGGAAAGAACGAUGAAAUACAGAAAGCAAAGGAAGAGGUAACACAAGUAGAAGAAGAAAUGAGAAUUAUUUUAAACGAUACCGCCAUUCAGAAGAAAAAUUUAGAACAGCGUGUAAAACAGUUAUCAAAAGCAUUUGCUGAUAUUCAAAAUGAUCUCACUUAAUGCUGUGUUUGAACUUUUUACAUUACGAAUCUAAUCGAGAAAAUAGAAACUAUAGGCCUCCUAAAAAUUCUUAAAAAUCCUAAAAAAAAAAUCCAUCAAAUAAUCUUAAAAACUCCUAAAAUUUCUGAUUUUUUGUGAAAACUCCUAAAAAUCUCCUAAAUUUUAGGGAACAUACGUUUGUCAAACUCAAAAAUAUUCAAAAAUAUUUAUAUUCUGCAUCAACCAAUGUAGAAAUGAAAUUUGAUCAAUCCAAUUUUUCUUCUUUGUUCAAUUCCGUUGAAAUUAUUUUUGUCAUUCUAAUUCAAAUUCUCCUAAUAUUCCUAGCUAACAAUUUCAAAAGAUUUUAACUAAAAAGCUAAAAUCUUCUGAAAUUGUUCUAAAUGAUAUCCUAAAAAUUAGUUACAAAAUAAGUGGGAUCCUGAAACAGUAAAAUACUCAGGCAUGGUUUUCCUCUUUUCUUGUAAAAUAUAAUAUAUUAUAUGUAAAAGUUUAUAAUAAAUAUUUGUAAAUAUGUGUAUAUAUUUAAAUUUUAUAAUAUAUUAAUAUCGAUAUC